CUGAUCUGAUCAUUUGGUGGAUUCUUUGCUUUAAGCUGUAUUACUGUUACUUUGGGCUUUUUUUCCCCCUGAUUCAAGCAUUUCAGAUCACCGUCAAUGUCAUGGUUAGCAAGUUAUCUCCUUCUUUCUUCUGGGCUGUUUCUCCUGCUAAGGGAUGUGACUUGUGAGCAGUACCAGAAUGUAGACUCUGCAAUUAAGCUGCAGGAUGUAGUCGUGCUGAAAUGUGCAUAUCCUGAGACGAGCAAAAUGAUCCAGUUGUCCUGGGUGAAGAAUACUGAUGGUGUGAAGCACAAAAUUGCUGUCUAUAAUCCCAGCUGGGGAGAGAACAUUUUCUUUCCAUACAAUCAGAGUGUUACAUUUCUCUCAUCAUCCGUUAAUGGAGAUAUAAAGUUGAAGGCAACAGCUGCAGAUGAAGGCAGUUAUCAAUGUUCCAUUAACACUUUUCCUGAGGGGAUGUUGCUGAAACAUAUUGCAAUUAUAAACCCAGAUAUUUUUGAAGCCAAGUUUUCCAGAAGUCGGGCAGCAGACACCCAUGUGCAACUAGUACCAGGGAACAAUGUGACCUUACCCUGCGGGUUUCCGAAUGGGGACAAUGUUGUAGAGCUGACAUGGCAACGGAUGACAGAAGAAGAAAUAAACACGAUAGUUAAAUUCACACGUUUGCAAUCGUUUAUCAGCUAUGACUACAGAAGAAGAAUCCAAUCUUCCCACUUGCACUCUCAACUCUUCAAUCUGACCGUACAGAACGUGACAACAAACGACGUGGGAACGUACUUCUGUCAUGUUGUCACGAAUAAUGGAAGCUGGAGCAAAUUCUUUGAUGUUGGUGUGGAAGGCAUUACAGACAUAACAAUGUUUCUAAUUAUUGGUGCGGCCGCUUUUGGAAGCCUUGUAUUGGUAAUCAGUGUUGUUAUCAUAAUAUGUAUGAAGAGGAGAAAGAAACGGAAAGGAAACAAGAAACAUUUUAAAAAGGGCACCACCGAAAGGAAUAAUCACUCUUCACAAACAGCAAAGAAGAGCCAACCCAAACAGCUACGCAAAUCCUGACAUCUACGACCGAGCAAAUUCCAGGGCUAUGGAGUAUCAGGAAGAAGCUAUUUAUGCCAACUUGUAAAAUCUGCUGCAGAUAAGCUGACCAAGGAUUCAUUAAUAACUUCACUUGUCGAUCUUGGACAGAUCUCCAUCACCAUGAACUGCUCCCACGUUUCAGUUUUCAUUUUCUUCACUAAUGAGAUGACUGUUGGAUUCAUUACAUCGCAAAACUAAUUGGUGAAAUUUAUUAUAACCUUAGAACAGGGUGAAACCAAAAAAAUUUGAUUUUUUUCUUUCUACUUUUAAAAAUGUUUCAUUUGUUUUAUUGUUAUAAAUGCCAUAUGACCAUUUUUCAAACAAUAGUGAAAGAAAGGCAACAUCUGGAUAUUUAUAUACUUGUCAACUGAGAACUUAAAAGGAAAUAUUAGCUUAGCAAUACACAUAAUGGAAAAAUAACUCUUUCUGAGAAACUGAACCAGUCCUUAAAACGUUUCAGGUGUGAUUCAAAAUUUGGCUGCAGGCAUUAGAGCUGUUUUGUUUUCUAAGUUUGUUUAACACUUUGAUAUUUGAAUUGUGUUUAAAUACAUCAGUUAAGAGGCCAGAGAAACUAAGGGUUAUCAUGUUACUUUAGAACAAAGUGCCAAAAAAGGAUUUUUACCAGAUUGUGGAAACUUUGGUGCACCACCAUAUUGUUUACUUCCAGCUUGUUUGUAUACACGAGGAAUUUUUAAUUUGACUCCCUGACUGGUGUACCAUUGUGUAUCCCUUGUACAUAUUAUUCAGCUAUUAUCAUCCUCGGUUGAUCAAAAGCUUCUUCACAACAUCAGGCUUCUUUGAGAUCCCUGUAAAAAAAAACUUACAGUUCUUUUGGCCUGAAUUUUUAAAAAUUCUUUUGUGGGAUAUAGGUGUCUGUGGCAAGGCCAGCAUUUGAUGCCCAUCUCUAACUGCCCUUGAACUGAGUGGCUUGCUAGGGCCAUUUCAGGGGACAGUCUGGAAUCAACCAGAUUGCUGUAUGUCUGGAGUCGCAUGUAGGCCAGACGGGUAAGGACAGCAGAUUUCCUUCCCUGGGGGGAAAUUAGUGAACCAGAUGAGUUUUUACAACAAUCGAUGAUAGUUUCAUGGUCACCGUUACUGAGUAGUUUUAUUCCAGGUUUUAUUAAUUGAAUUCGCUCAUGGUGGAAUUUCAACCUGUGUCGCUGGGCAUUAGCCUGGGCACCUGGAUUACUGGUCCUGUGACAUUACCACGGCACCACUGUCUCCCUUACCGUGAUACAAAUAAGAACCCUUUACCAUGUAGAUAUUGAGCAGUAGAAGGAAUGGAAAGUGGGACAAAAACUGUAGCAGAGUCUUGAGGAAAAUUUUGAAAGUGGAGAAGGUGGCAGCAAGAUGGAACUACUGAUUAAGGGAACUGCAGAGAAGAAUAUGUUUAUUUAGUGCUUUAAGAAGCAGUUGUCAAAGUUACUAAAGUGUUAGAAGGACAGAGGUUUGGAUAAUACAGCCAGAAGAGAUCAUAGAGAUGAGAUGAAACAAGGCUGUGGGGAAUUUGGAUUUAAUCUGGAUGUUAGCCAAGAAGAUUUCUGCAGCCAUAUCCAAGAGUGCAAUUGCUUCUGGAGGUCAAAAGUGGCUGGCAUUAAUCUGCUGAUAGUGAGUUUAAGGAUACUUAGCUCAUCAGAAUUUGAAUAACAGGCAAGUAGAGAGAGUGACAACAGUUUUGGAGUUGAUAGAAGAGGUGGAGAGUAGACCUGAGGGUUAUUGGCAACCGGAUGAAAGCUUAUUUCAUGAUUUUGGAUCAUGUCACCAAAGAUAUUAUAUAUAUAUAUAGCAGAAGAGCAUGUAGAAGAUAAAGAACCUCUAGCAUACCACAGAUGUGAUCAGUGAGCAGUGAAUAAGAAGCCAUUGGCAAAUCUCCAUGAUCAAACAGGAAAAUAUCGAGGUACCUGGAUUAACAAAACUAUCUCAAUUCUGCUGGUGUAAAGUACUUCAUUCUUGUGAGGCACUUGUUUUGUAAACUGUCAGGAACUGAAGAUGUGUAAUUCCUCAGUUGGCUCUGCUUGUCUGACUCAAGAGGAAGCACUCUUGAGAAAUAUUUUAGUGAAAGCGAACGUUCUUUUUCUCACAAGCUAAUCUUAAUGAACUAAGCAAAACCCAAGUUAUGAAGAAAUGCUGAGGGUAAAAAUUAACGAAGAUCGGCAUUUGAAAUCAGGUUCCCCAAGUCUAGAUUUCAGGGAGUUAUUGGAGACUAUCAUUUCCUGUGUAGGUGACACAGAAAUACAUAGAAUUUACAACACAAAAACAACAACAGGCCUAUGCUAGUGUUUAUGCACCUCUCAGACCGCCUCCCAUCUUAAUCAUGCGCCUAUGUGUAAGAACUUCAUGUGCCCCUUUAUAAAAGGCAUGAUUACGAUUUUGUUACAUAUAGUGCUAAGGGUAGCUUUGAGUAUCAUAAAGCAUGUGUUGUUUUUUUAAGUGACAUUGAACGUUUUCAGCACGUGAAUUGAAUCAACUUUAGAACCAGCAGCCGGGUGAAAAUGUUUGUUCUACUUUCUACCAGCUUCAUGUGGUCUGUUUCUGAGACCACAUAUUAAAAUCUUGCUGAUAAACAUCCAAAACUGAGCAAAGCUGCAGAGAGUCAAAUACCUUUUUACAAUGGUAGGCAAAUGUAUUUGAGAAAUAGUAGUCUGAAGGUGAUUCUUGUACUUCUACCUGGCAUGUUACAUAUAAUCACAAUGCAAAUACGGUAAUCAAACUGCUUUUAUGUUGUUCGUUUUAUAAAAUGUAAUCAAUACCAUUGUGUGUAAAAUAAAACACAAAUCAAAACCCA